GUGGAUUUCCCGAUGCGCGGUGGCAGUCACCCUCCAAUCAUUAUUGAUGGCUUUCCGCUGGACAUUGUCAGCAACUUCAUGCUCCUUGGUCUCCAGAACUCAGAUCCAUCCUUACCAUCAGUGACUUCAAUUUCUUAGACGACAGUAGAAAUGGUCUAUGAGCGAUGGGAAUUAACCUUACCACGUUCUGCCAUAGUGCCAGUGAAAGUGUCCUAGCCAUUAUAAUUUCCAGCAUCCGCACCUUCCCUAACAGGCGUAUUCGUUUUAUAUAAACGCAUUUUAUACCUGUCACUGCACUUCAUCAGCCAUGGAGUACGUAUCAUCCAUUUGCACUUGUUUUGUUUUACAGUGUUUUGUUUUGAUUUAACAUUAUCUGCUGCGUUUUGUUACAGGCUUUUGUUACUGAGUGAGGGUACGUGAUUAAUGCAAUUGCAGAACAUGGCCGAUAAAGUUAUGGAGUUUUGAAUUUGUUUCUGUGGGUGUUUAACUGAAGUUUUAACCACAAGCAAUGGAAAUGUGGUUACUUUACUUCUGCUUUCAUAGUUGGUGAACCGAAGCUUAUUUUUUCAUUUUUUUCCAUUAGUUACUUUUACUUGAUUCUUCAUCAGCAAGUCAGAUUAACAGUAAGUCUAAAUGUCAGCUAAUGUAGUUUAUUCGGUUGUAAACUUCAGGAGGAAGCGUCAGGAUGAUGCCACGGACGUGGUGUAUUCCCAGGUCAAAUUCCCCGACCCUCUUCCCCUCCACAGUGCGUCCCUUGAUGGGCAAGCAGUAGAGCAAGGUGAAGACGUCAUCUAUUCUCAAGUAAAACUCCAACCUCCCCUCCCUCCCAGGCUGCAAGCAGAAACAGAAUGGACACAGAAGACCAGCUACUCUCAGUACAGAGUGUUUGCUCUGGGUCUAGGGCUGCUAUUUUUACUGCUAUUCAUUAGCAUCAUAUUCCUGAGUGUUCACGUACACAGAGGAAAUCAAAUCUGGUCAGUAACGGAAGAUAAUCUAAAGCAGCUCCGGACAAAUUACAGCAUCCUGGCUAAAGAGAAAGACCAGAUACAGAAUAACUAUGACAGCCUGGCUAAAGAAAAGGACCGACUACAGGAAGAUUACAGCUUCUUGGUUAAAAAGAAGGAACAGCUACAGGACAACUACAAUAUGCUGGCUAAUGUCAAGAACCAACUACAGGAAGAGAAUAAAAUGCUGGCCAAUGACAAGAACCAACUACAGGAAGAGAAUAUAAUGCUGGCUAAUGACAAGAACCAACUACAGGAAGAGAAUAAAAUGCUGGCUAAUGACAAGAACCAACUGCAAGAAAAGAAUAAAAUGCUGGCUAAUGCCAAGGACCAAUUAAAGAAAGAGUACAAUAUUCUCACCCGUAAACCAGGAGAAGCCUGCCGUCUAUGUCCAGAGGGAUGGAUGAUAUUCAAUCAUAAAUGUUAUUUUCAAAAUCGAAAUAAGAAAAAAUGGGAAGAAAGUAAAACAUACUGUGGUGAACAUGGAGGUAAUUUGGCGGUGAUUGAGAGUCGAGAGGAACAGGAGUUUAUUAAGACUAUCAUAAAAGAUGGGAAUUCCUGGAUUGGUCUCAGUGAUAGAGAACAAGAAGGAGUCUGGCUUUGGGUGAAUGGUGCUCAACUGAAGAAGAGUUUCUGGGCAGUUGGAAAACCUAACAACAGGCCUGAGCUUCAGACCUUCAAAAGACCUGCUGACUGCGUCUACUUCCACGCAAAGGAUGGUGUGUGGUUUGAUGAUAACUGUGACAGGCAGUUAAACUCUCUUUGUGAAACUGAGGCAUUUUGACUUUAUAAUUGCAUAAAUCAGUUAUGGCGAGGAUUUUUGAAAGGUACAUUGUUCAAAUUAUGCAUUUAUCACUGAAAAAACUACCAUAAUAAAAAAAGUCAAAAGAAUGAAUUGAACCAUAAAGUUCAAAUUCACAUUUUUUGUCAAAGUGUUUGUUACAUAUUUGACACUGAAUUAGUUUAAACAAACCAUAAACAUAUUCUGAAUAUAUCAUGCUUUUAUUUGAAAAGUAGUCCUUCACUUAUAAUUCCAGAGUUGUUGGUUAUGUUUUCAAAUUGGUUUAAAUAUAUAUUAAUCCGUCAUUUUUUAACAAGAAUGAUCAAAGAGCCUUUUCUGAUAGAAUGGUGGAAACACGGACGUUUUCAAACCAUGUAAAAAAUGUAAAAGAAAGAAAUUUGUAUUUUAAAAGUCUUUAUGUUUGUGUACUCUUUAAUUGACUUUGAGCUUAUUGAUUGCCUGUGGGGUCAGUGAUCACAUACUGACCUAAAACAAGCCAGGUAAGUUACAGUGGUUGUUUAUUAAAAAACUUUUUUGAAACAAUGGCAAAGAGACCUAACUAAACGAUGUGGCCUCCAUAACGUGGAAAAUCGAUUAUUCAUGCCUGCAUGCCAUUGGCGGUGCUGUGGAUGAUUUUUUUCCAUCUGUAUAUCGAUCGACGUGUGAAGUGGGAAUAAAAUAAUCCAUCGGCGUGA